CUCGCUUCAACCAUUACGUAACAUAAUUCAACCUUGACCGAAAGGUCGUUCCUCCACUUUGAUUACCACCCAGACAUGCUCUUAUCGCUCCUCUCCACUCCAAUUCCAGCACAAUGGUAGCGAUCGCGUGGAGGACCUCAAAAUAGCCAUCAUCGGCCAGAGCAACUUUGCGGCCGAGGUGCUGGAAGUGCUGCUCGAGCGGCACCACAUGGUGGUGGGUGUGUUCACGAUCGCCGAUAAAGGCUCCCGCGAGGACGUGCUGGCCACGACGGCCCGCCAGUACGGCAUUCCGGUGUUCAAGGUCGCGGCAUGGCGCCGAAAGGGCGUCCCAAUUCCGGAGGUUUUGGAGAAGUACCAGUCGGUGGGGGCGAACUUGAACGUGCUGCCGUUCUGCAGUCAGUUCAUCCCGAUGGAGGUCAUUGACGGGGCCAAGUUCGGCAGCAUCUGCUACCAUCCGUCGAUCCUGCCGAGGCAUCGCGGGGCGAGUGCCAUUUCGUGGACGUUGAUCGAGGGUGAUGACACGGCUGGGUUUUCGAUCUUUUGGGCUGACGACGGGUUAGAUACUGGGCCGAUUCUGCUGCAGAAGCAGUGUCCGGUGGUUGGGGAUGACACGCUGGAUUCGCUGUACAAGCGAUUUUUGUACCCGGAAGGAGUGACUUCGAUGGCUGAGGCUGUGGACGCGAUCGCCGAGGGAACUGCUCCAAAGAUUCCGCAGACGGAGAUUGGAGCGACGUACGAUCCGGCGCUGUUCCGCGAGGAGAACCAAUACAUCAACCUGAACCAGCCGGCGCUGAAGAUUUUCAACUUUAUCCGGGGGCUGGACUCCGUCCCGGGAGCGCUAGCGAUCAUCGAAGAAGACGAUGGAUCGGAGAGUCCGGUGCGGCUGCACGGUGCUUCACUGUGUGGUCCGACAGCGCUGGAGAAUGCCAGGCCGGUUCGUUUCAAGGGAGCGGCGGGUCCAGCGUUCGUCGAUCGGGAAGGUAUCUUUAUCACUGGAGUCGAUGGACGGUUGGUUAAGGUGAAGCGGUUGAAGAAGGGUAGCAAGAUGAUUCAGGCGAGUCAGUGGUUUGCGCAGGUUGGGAAGAAGAUCGUUCCGUUGGAGUUGAAUGAGCGAGAGCAGGAGAUGGAGGGCAUUUUGAAGAACAUCUGGAAGUCGAUCCUGAAAGUGGACAUUGAGUCGGAUACGGAUUUCUUCGCUUGCGGAGCUGGAUCAAUGGAUGUGGUUCGGUUGGUAGAGGAAGUGAAAGAUGCUUUGGAGGUACCGUUGGAAAACGAACACCUGUUCAUGGCUCCUAGCUUUGUAGAGUUUCUAAAUGAAGUAAUCAGUAGAACUCGAAACGGUGCUGGAGAAGCGAGUGCUGGUCCAGCUUAUGACGGAGUUGUUCUACGAGAAAACAAGAAAGUGAUCUCCGUUCCAACGCAGAUGUUUGUCAACGGACAGUUUAUCGAUGCAGAGAACAAGAAAACGUUGGACAUUGUGAAUCCAACGACGGAGUAAGUGAUUUGCAAGGUAGCAGCUGCAUCCGCUUCGGAUGUAGACUAUGCGAUCAGGUGUGCUCACGAAGCGUUCAAAGGCAGCUGGAACCAAGUGUCCGCAAGGGAGAGAGGCCUGUUGAUGUACAAGCUGGCGGAUCUUAUGGAGCAGCACAAGGAAGAACUUGCCACGAUCGAGUCGAUUGACUCUGGAGCAGUGUACACGCUGGCGCUGAAAACGCACGUCGGCAUGUCGAUCGAUGCGUGGAGGUAUUACGCCGGAUGGGCUGACAAGAUCGAAGGUUCGACGAUUCCAGUGAAUCCAGCGAAACCGAACAACGUACUAACGUUUACGAAGCGGGAACCAAUCGGGGUUUGUGGACUGAUUACUCCCUGGAACUACCCGCUGAUGAUGUUGUCCUGGAAGAUGGCAGCCUGCAUCGCGGCUGGUAAUACCGUGGUCAUUAAACCUGCCCAAGUAUGUCCGCUGACGGCGUUGAAGUUCGCUGAGCUGACGGUGCAGGCAGGAUUUCCAGCCGGGGUGAUCAACGUAGUCACGGGAAGCGGAUCGAUUACGGGGCAAGCGAUAUCCGAACAUCCGCUGGUACGGAAGCUCGGGUUCACUGGAUCUACCCCGAUCGGAAAGAAGAUCAUGGCGGCGUGCGCAGAGUCGAACAUCAAGAAGUGCUCGAUGGAGUUGGGUGGAAAGAGCCCGCUGGUCAUCUUUGCCGAUUGUGACCUGGACAAGGCGGUCCGGUUGGGAAUGUCUUCGGUGUUCUUCAACAAGGGUGAAAAUUGUAUUGCCGCAGGACGGCUGUUUGUGGAGGACGCCAUUCACGACGAGUUUGUGCGGAAGGUGGUGAAGAACAUCAAGACGAUGGCGAUUGGAGAUCCGUUGAACCGAGGUACUGCACAUGGUCCACAGAAUCACAAGGCUCACAUGGACAAACUGAUCGAGUACUGUGAGAUCGGAGUCAAGGAAGGAGCCAAGCUGGUGUACGGAGGCAAGCGGGUUCCGAACAAGAAGGGAUUCUUCUUCGAACCAACGGUGUUUACGGAUGUUGAAGAUCGCAUGUUCAUCGCCAAGGAGGAGUCGUUCGGACCGAUCAUGGUGAUCUCCAAGUUCCACAGCAGUGACUUUGACGCGCUGGUUCAGCGGGCGAAUAGCACCGAGUACGGACUGGCCAGUGGAGUGUUUACCAAGGACAUUCGGAAGGCGCUGCUGUUCGCGGAGAAGGUGGAAGCCGGAACGGUGUUUGUCAAUACUUACAACAAAACUGACGUGGCUGCGCCGUUCGGAGGGUUCAAGCAGAGUGGAUUUGGCAAGGAUCUUGGAAAGGAAGCUCUCAACGAAUACCUCAAGACAAAGUGCGUUACUAUUGAAUACUAGAAAGAGGGCUACUUUCGAAUACCAAAUAAUGAGUUUCACCAAGUAUUGCUAAGAAGACGUGCAUUUAUUACAUUAAGUCGCUUUUCGUGUGAACAAAUAAAUUAUAGAAUAUCA